GAUCGUCCGAGCGCAAGUCCGCCGACGAUAGGGCGCCUAACGAUAAGGCCCCCGACGAUAAGGCCCCCGACGAUAAGGCCCUAGACGAUAGGGCCCCAGACGAUAGGGCCCCCGACGAUAAGGCCCCAGACGAUAGGGCCCCCGACGAUAGGGCCCUAGACGAUAAGGCCCCAGACGAUAGGGCCCCAGACGAUAAGGCCCCCGACGAUAAGGCCCCCGACGAUAAGGCCCCCGACGAUAAGGCCCCCGACGAUAAGGCCCCCGACGAUAGGGCCCCUGACGAUAAUGCCCCCGACAAGAAGGCCCCAGACGAUAGGGCCCCCGACGAUAGGGCCCCAGACGAUAAGGCCCCAGACGAUAAGGCCCUAGACGAUAAGGCCCCCGGCGAUAGGGCCCCCGGCGAUAGGGCCCCCGGCGAUAAGGCCCCAGACGAUUAG